AAGUGCACUUUCCAGACGCGGAAGCGCUUUCCAGCUGUCAAACAGAUUUUUGUAAAUCGCACUCAGCCUUCGUUUGACAGGAACACAACCACUUAACUUUAAAAUGGACUCUCCACGCUGGUUGCCUCUGGAAUCAAACCCAGAAGUCAUGACUAAGUUUGUCAGUUGUUUGGGUAUGAAGUCAACCUGGCAGUUUGGGGAUGUGUAUGGAUUGGACCCAGAGCUUCUCAGCAUGGUACCAAGACCAGUGUGUGCAGUGCUGCUUCUCUUCCCAGUGACAGAGAAGUAUGAGGCAUUCAAGCAAGAAGAGGAGGAGAAACUCAAAGAUCAACGACAGGAGGUCUCCCCAGACGUCUACUUCAUUAAGCAAACUAUUGGAAAUGCUUGUGGAACAAUAGGAUUAAUUCAUGCAGUGGCAAACAACCAGGGACACCUGGAAUUUGAGCCUGAUUCUCCUCUUAAGAAGUUUAUUGAACAAACAUCUAAAAUGACCCCAGAGGACAGGGCCACGUUCCUGGAAAAAGACGAGAGUAUACGUGUUACACACGAAUCCAGCGCACAGGAGGGACAGACUGAGGCCCCAAGUUUAGAUGAGAAAGUGAAUCUGCAUUUUAUAGCUUUUGUGAAUGUCGGAGGACACUUAUAUGAACUAGAUGGCCGAAAGCCUUUCCCUAUCGUCCAUGGAAAAACCUCAGAAGACACUUUCCUCGAGGAUGCCGUAGAGGUUUGUAAGAUCUUCAUGGCUCGUGAUCCUCAGGAGGUUCGUUUCACCAUCAUUGCUCUGUCCAAAGAUUCAUACUGAGAAAAAUCCCUUGUGACCCCAGAAAACAGAGAAAACAUUACUGCCAAACAUUCUUAAGUGCUGAUUGUAUUGGAAAAUUACCUUUUGCUCAAAAUGCUAUAACAAAUGAUGUGCGAGAAAUAACAAAAUGUCGGGAAUGUCACUCUAGAGUAAUGUUACACUUACACUAUACAUAAAUUGUCACGAGUUAAAUUAAUUCUAAAGAAAUUCGAAUGCUGUUGUGUAAUUAAAAGUAUAUAUUGUAAAAAUAAAAAAGCAAAAUCUUCUGGUUCCCCACUGCUGACACAUCUCUAAAUGUUAUGCAGAUAUCAGCUGACAGUGAAGCUGCACUUUGGUUUGUUUAAAUGAUGUGUUUGGCUUUCAGUUCAGAAGGAAGUUUAAGAAAUUUUCCGCAUCGCAAAGGGAACUCGACUUUUCUACUCAAUGAUAGUUCAAAGAUGCGUACUGUAUGUCGUGAUUUGUUUUUGAUGAAAUGUCUAACCACAUGGUCGAAGCGAGCUGAAGAAACACAGGCUUUAAUUUCAUUCAUAGCUUUGAAAAAAAAAAAGUGACAGGCUAGUGUUGUUGUAUGCAAUGAUGGUGUCAUGAAAAGCUUAUCAAACAAUACUUCUUGAAGUGAGGCUAACUAAACAUGCAGACUACACAUCCGUGUGGAAGGUGCCUAUGUUUUUUGUAAUAAGAAUUAGAGAUUCUGUCAAAUAAAAGGCAAGUUUAUUAAACA